UUCACUCCUCUUUUAGCCAACAACAUAAACACAAUUCACUCUGUUUCUUUCUCUCUCGAUGAAGAACCAAAAAGAGCAAAACUCAUCAUUGUCUUCUUCAUCACCAUCUCUAGUAGCAAAGCUUCUCAAUGCACAAUACCAUCAGUUCCUUAAUCUCCUCUCUUAUUCCCUCAUUCUAUGUUGCGGCAUAAUCAUCGGUAUCCUUCUCCACUCCUCUCUUCAAGACAUCUCUUCCAUAUCUUCACCCAACAUCCAACGCAUCUCUCAGCUCUUUCUCGUCUCCUCUAUUCCUUCUCCUCCUCAUCCUUCUCCUUCUCCUCCUCCUCCUUCUCCCCCUCCUCCUUCUCAGCCCGAACACAUUGGACUAGAACAGUUUCUGAGGCCGCCGAAGAAGAUCAUGCACGACAUGGAAGAAGAAGAGCUUCUUUGGAGAGCUUCAAUGACACCUAAGAUCAAGAAUUAUCCUUUUCGUAGAACACCAAAGGUUGCUUUCAUGUUCUUGACAAAAGGUCAUUUACCUCUUGCUCCUUUAUGGGAGAGAUUCUUUCGAGGGCACGAGGGUCUGUUCAGUAUCUACGUUCACUCCUACCCUUCUUAUAACCAGACAGAUCCUGAAGGUUCCGUCUUCCAUGGCCGGCAGAUUCCUAGCAAGAGAGUGGAUUGGGGAUAUGUGAAUAUGGUGGAAGCAGAACAAAGAUUACUAGCAAAUGCUUUAUUAGACAUAUCAAACGAACGAUUCGUACUUCUCUCGGAAUCAUGCAUCCCUCUCUUCAACUUUACAACAGUUUACUCCUACCUCACUAAAUCAAUUCAAACUCACGUCCAGUCCUACGACGAACUCGGUGGCGUUGGACGUGGCCGAUACAGCCCUGAAAUGAAGCCACGUAUCCAGCUACGACACUGGCGUAAAGGCUCCCAAUGGUUCGAGUUGGACCGUGCCAUGGCCCUCGAAAUCAUCUCCGACAAAAUUUAUUGGCCUCUCUUUUACCGUUAUUGCCAUCACGGUUGCUACACAGACGAGCACUACAUCCCGACACUCCUCAACAUCAAAUCGAGCCUUGGUCGUCGCAACUCGAACCGGACUCUCACGUGGGUCGACUGGUCGAAAGGUGGACCCCAUCCAAACCGAUUUAUCAGAUACGAGGUGACAGAAGAGUUCUUAGUGAAGCUGAGGAGUGGUGGUGAGGAGAAUAGGCAGUGUUACCACAAUGGAGAGAAAACGAAUAUUUGUUAUUUAUUUGCUCGCAAGUUCUUGCCCACUGCUCUCGGCAGGUUGCUCAGGCUUGCACCUACUGUUCUAUAUUUCUGAUAGUUUUCUUUCAUUUAAAUAUGUUUUUUUUUUCAAUUUGUCAACGUAAUGUUGUAUUCUUUUAAUUCUUCUUUCCAAUUCAAAAAUGAUCAUUUACCCUACA